AUGUCUUCUCAAGCACCAACGUCGAUCCCUCAAAAACUAUCACCUACUGAUCCGUCGACUGUACCUAACCCAUUAGGCGACGGGAAAUAUAUCAAAAGUGCCGGAUGUCUAAUUAUAGGAGAUGAAGUCCUUAAUGGUAAAACAAAAGAUACCAAUUCAAACUUCUUUGCUCAGUUCUGUUUUGAUCUCGGAAUUGAGUUGAAGAGGAUAGAGGUCAUUGCAGAUGAUGAAGAAGAGAUUGUUGAAGCUGCAAGAAGGAUGACUGAGAAAUAUGACUUCGUAGUGACUUCAGGAGGUAUUGGACCUACCCAUGAUGAUAUAACAUACGCAUCUUUGGGCUCAGCAUUCAACUUACCACUUGUUCAUCAUCCUGAAACACUUCAUAGAAUGAUGGAAUUAUCUACACCUCAACGUAAAGAAGAGUUGAAAAACGCUACACCUGCUCAAAAACAAGCUAGAGAAAGAAUGGCUUUGUUCCCUACAAAUUCAGGUUCAGGCUCGGAAAACGUCAAGAGUGAAGUCUUGUUUGUGGAUGGCGAUAAAUGGGUUCCAGUCGUUAGACUUGCUGGAAAAUUAUGCGUCUUCCCUGGUAUACCAUCAUUAUUCCAGCAACUCCUCUUAUCUUUAACUCCUUACCUACCAUUACCUCCCGCCUCAAGUAAACCAUUCAGACAUUUGAUCUAUACAAGCAAACCGGAAUCUGUGAUCGCUCCAUAUCUUACUGAACUUCAAGCAAGAGUGAAGAAGGAAGGCAUCAGAGUUGGCUCGUACCCAUACCUGUAUUCUGGAGUUCAUGUCAGUUUGAUAGGUCAUGAUAUUGAGAGAGUAAGGGCAUUAGGACAAGAAGUUGUCAGAGAAGUAGAUGGUAAAGUAGUUUCGGAAGGUAAACUGGGCAGUGAAGGAAAGGAGGCAAAGGCUUGA